AUGAAUACGAAUAAGACAAACAACUCAAAACAACAAACUAGGGAAGAGGCUGAAGUAACAGCAAAAACGGCAUCACAAGUGCACGAGUUAAUACUCCCAACAGCUAUUGCAGAUGGCAAUAAUGGCUGCGGGGAACUCCUUAAAAACCCCUUCCAAAGGAGCUCAAGGUUGGCGCACUCGCCACCAGACACGGGAAGGACCAGAUCGGCGUCACCGUGUAUGCAGCACUUCGGUUUCUUGAAAGCGAUGACGGCCGAAGAAAUCUAUCAAGCAAUUGGCGAUAAGGUUAAGGAGCUAACGUAUAUGAUGGAGCCUCCGAAGCGAAAUAUCAAUCAACCAAUGAGGGAUUUGAUCGCUAACAUAACGGACCUCCAUAAAAAGCUAGGUAGAUCUAUCCUUACCCCGAGGAACCAGGCCCCAAGAGGAGCGAAUGAAGCAACUUCUGCUAUUCGAGACAAAGGUACCCAAACAUCACCACUGAUCAAGCGUACCACAGAUUGCACGCCAAAGAGGGCAAUAGAUAACGCUGCAGCAAGCUCAGCGAAAAGAAGUAAAACGAACCGUGUCGAAGACCUAAAGAAUACGCCGGUUAAAACGUACGAACAAGAAAAAACAGGAAAGUGGGAAGUGGUUAAAGCCAAGAAGAAUCAAAAGAGUUCUUCGCAGAAUACUCUCAAACGAGACGUUAAGGAAGUAGAAAAUAACGACGCCAAAAGCAGUAGAAGACGGAGAAGACCACCACGUAAGGACGCUAUCGUGGUCAAAAGCGCUGGUAACAUCUCAUAUGCCGAAAUUUUGAAGCGCGUUAAGACAGAGCCAAGUCUUAAGGAACUUAGUAACAACAUACAAGGAGUCAAAAAAACUGCGAAAGGAGAGUUACUGCUUCUGCUGGAAAAAACAUCCGACCCAAAUACCUCGAGAGUCCAUGAAGCUGUUAAGGCGGCUCUAGGAGAAAGUGUAGAUGUCAGGGCACUUACAGAGCUGAGGCAGGUGGAAAUUCGUGACCUCGAUGAAAUUACGACAAAGGAAGAAGUUCACGAGGCGGUAGCAAGACAAUUCCAAGAGCUGGAGAUACCUAUCUCAGCCAUCUUGGGUCUGCGAAAAGCUUACGGAGGAACGCAAACGGCGACGCUAAAAGUAGCACCGGAAAUCGCUACCAAGCUGGCGGAAGCUAAUAAAAUCCGCAUAGGUCUCGUAAUUUGCCGCAUACGGGAGAAGAUCGAGCCAAAAAGAUGCUUUAAAUGCAUGGAAUAUGGGCAUGUGGCAGUAAGCUGUAAAAGCUCAGCUGACCUUAGUAACACCUGCUUCAAAUGUGGUAACAAGGAUCACCAGGCUAAAAACUGCACACAAACAGCAAGCUGUAUAAUGUGCAAGAAGAAAAAGGAAAGCGAUACGGCGCAUGCGAUGACCAGCAGUAACGGCUGGGCCUCUGACACAACAGGCAAGUCAACGAUUUGGAACUGUGGAGCAAAUAGAUCCCAACUGAUGAGCGUGAAUGCAGCCCGCGGAUUCGUACGUGCGCGCGUGGAAGGCACAUACAUUUACAGCUGCUAUCUACCACCCAGCUUAACUCUGCUGGAAGCAACAGGCAUCCUGGAGAACCUCGCCCAGGAUGUAAAGGAGCAUAGACCUGUCAUCGUAGCCGGUGAUUUCAACGCUUGGGCUGUUAACUGGGGAUGCCCACGGACAAGCCCUAGAGGGCAAGCCCUGCUGGAAGCGUUUGCUAUGCUAGAUAUAGCCUUGAUGAACACAGGAAGUCAACAGACGUAUCAAAAGGCGGGAACGGGGUCUAUAAUCGACCUAACCUUCGUGAGUUCUAGUCUUGUUCGCGACACGAAAUGGUUCGUCAGCCAGCAUUACACUCGGAGCGAUCACCUCGCAAUAAUCUGUGAAAUAAGGAAGCACGGCGAAGAAAGGUUCCCAAAUAACUACGACACGCGGUACAAAGUUAAAACAAUGGAGGCUGAGAUUAUUGAAAUCAUGCUGGCAGAUGUAACUCUCGGAGGGGAUGCAUCUGAGAAAACAACACAAACCAUGAGACACGUAACAGAAGCAUGCGACGCAGCCAUGUCCAAAACGAGGCCCAAUAGGCGCAACAGCGAACCUGUCUACUGGUGGACAGCAGACAUUGCAGAACUGCGCAGCGAAUGUUUAAGAGCAAGGCGAAUCUACCAACGAUCUAGGGGUACGGACAGAUUCCAAGAAAAUCAGCUCCAAUAUAAGCAAAGAAGGAAGGCCCUAAAAAAGGCAAUCAAAAACAGUAAACGCCGGUGUUUCCUGCAGCUAUGCGACGACGCCGAUAAUGACCCUUGGGGCCUCGGUUACAGGCUUGUUAUGAAAAAACUCAAAGUCUUUAAGCCACUCCCAACAACAUGCCCAGCUACACUGCGUAAUGUAGUAGAAACUCUGUUCCCCGUCCAAGACACUAUACGAGACCACGAAUUGGUAGGAUCCUGUGAAGGCGAACAAAAUUUGCAGCUAACCAACAAAGAAGAACUCCUGAUGAUCAUAAAACGGAUUAAAAAUAAUAAAGCUCCAGGACCGGAUGGAAUCCCCAACGAGGCCUUAAAAGUUGCUAUUCAAAGUCGUACCGACAUUUUUGUAGAUCUCUACAAUACAUGCCUAAAGGAAGGUACAUUUCCAACCCAGUGGAAGUUGCAGAAACUGGUUUUAAUACCAAAAGGAUCCAAGCCUGCGGAAGAUCCUACAGGCUACCGCCCCCUGUGCAUGCUCGACACCGCAGGAAAAAUCCUGGAACGACUGAUUGCAGUCCGUCUGGAGGCUGCUAUAGAGGAUGUAGGCGGUCUAUCACCACGACAAUUUGGAUUCCGGAAAGCCCGCUCAACAACAGAUGCUGUGUCUGCAGUCAAGACCAUUGCGCAGAAGGCAAUAGAAGGUACUCGGUGGCUAAACGGUAGCAAGGAGUAUUGCCUAAUUGCGACACUAGACGUCAAGAACGCCUUCAAUACGGCGAAUUGGAGCAAAAUUCUGAUCGCGCUGGAUAACUUCCACAUUCCAAGGUACAUUCGCAAGAUUGUCGCCAGUUACCUUUCCGACAGAACCCUGCGCUAUAAAACCGAUGCUGGGGUAAAAGAGCACAAAAUAACUGGCGGAGUUCCACAAGGCUCAGUCCUGGGACCCUUACUUUGGAACGUCAUGUACGAUGGAGUCUUGCGCCUCAGUCUGCCUCUAGGGUCGCAAAUCAUUGGAUUUGCUGACGACAUAGCUGUUGUGGUCGUGGCCAAAACACUCCGUCGAGCCGAAGAAACAUGCAACCAGGCUGUCGGCAUGGUAAAGAGAUGGUUAUGCAACAGUGGUCUAACUCUUGCGGACCAUAAAACUGAAGUAGUAUUAAUUAGCAGCAGGAAGAUUGUGGAGUCAGCUAAUAUAAUGGUGGGCGACCAUGACAUCAACAACAAGCAGCUGAGUGCGUCGAUUGGGCGGCAUUUGAAAGAACUGUUUGCGCUGCAUGAUGGGGCAGCGGCACCAGUCAGUGGUGCCUACAAAGGCGCAGAGUUUUGCGAUCGACUGCCGCUUGCCGGCAAUAUUCAAAAGGCAUACUCAGCGAAAUUUUCUUGUUGUUCUUGUGGUGUAAUGAUGAAAGUGAUGAAGGAAAUUAUUUCAUGCUAG